AUGGACCAGUGUGAUUUGAUUCCACCACCGCACGCCAACACCAGGAACGUCGGUGCCUCGUCUCCCGCACAUCGAUCCUCAUCCCUCCAGUCGUCUUACAACGAGCCAAGACGCAUGUCACCUUUCAGUACACCGCAUCAGGCAACCCUGGCGCCAGGACAUGGCCUCUCGGUUAAUGAAAUUACCCCGAUCGUGAGAAACUCCAGUUCGCACGGCCGACAAUAUAACUCCACACAGGACGGACCGAGAUCUCAGGAUGCGGGGCCACCGCCUCAAAAUGGCCAGCUGAAAUCCCAAUCGCGCAGGGGCUCAGCGACUGCGAGUCGAGAGAAUUCCCGGGGGGAUUCCGCAAAGCACAAAGCGUCCUGGUAUGCCCGGAUCACAGAUAAAUAUGGUAGUCUAGAGCUGGAGAAUAAGGGAAGUGUGGCCCGAGAUCAUCUUGCGUUAGAACGCACCUUUCUCGCAUGGCUCAGGACAUCGUUAGCUUUUGCUUCCAUUGGAAUCGCAGUGACACAACUUUUUCGCCUGAGUAAUACCACCACGGAAAGCACCAAUAGCACGGAGGUUUCCUCCCAAAGUAUACCCCAGUUCCUCUCGCCCACCUUCGCUGGCCCUGGGACUGUCCGGAUAACAAACACAUCUGAGCGCCUUCGGAGCAUCGGCAAACCGCUGGGGACGACAUUUAUCGGAGUGGCUAUAAUGAUCCUCUUGGUAGGGUUCCAUCGCUAUUUUGAAAGUCAGUACUGGAUCAUCAGGGGUAAAUUCCCGGCCAGUCGGGGCAGUAUAGCCUUGAUUUCAUUUCUAGCAGGUGCCCUGAUUAUAGCUGCUCUAGCUGUCAUUCUCGCCAUUUCUCCUGGUGCUGUUGAAAGUUAA